UAUUAGCAUUUCAUCGCCUAUGCGGCAUUUUAUUGACAGCCCCAAUCGGCAAAUUUACUCACUGACACAUCUUGAUUCAUUUUAGAAUUGAGAAGGGAACUUGUUAGCUUUGUGUAAAACCGGCAGAAGGGUAUUGAAUCGUAAUCAUCUGACGAUUGGUUCACCAACAGGAACAUUUCUGAGGCAAUAUAUUUGCUUCAGCGUUAUUUCGGAAAUGAAGAGAUCUCGAGAAGGCUCCAUCAGAUCUAGUCGGUAUAAAAGUGAUAAGGAAAAUCCUGAUAUAACUAUGGCAAUAAAUCUUCUAGGCACCCGAGUUGUUCGUGGUCAAGAUUGGAAAUGGGGAAAUCAAGAUGGCGGAGAAGGUUUUGUAGGUACAGUAGUUCAAGUCGGAAAAGACAAGAAGUCGCCUGUGACGGAACAGCUUGUUUACGUACAGUGGGAUUGUGGAGGGAAGUACGACUACAGGGCUGGAAUCGAAGGGAAACACGAUCUUCGUGUUUUUUGUCUCACAAAUGACGGUGAGUGACCAUUUAUGUUUUUUGUUGCUUAUCUUAUUUUAAACGGAAAUAUUUGCCUAGAUUCACCUAAACAACCCUAGCUGAAUAUCAUAUUCCUUAAAGAAGAAAAACUGCAAUCUCAGCACUUCUGUUAAGCAGCAAAUGAGGACACAAUUUCAAUGAAAUUUUAACACACCAGCACGAGGUUGAGAAACCAUGCGGACUGACAAUUGACACGGAAAAAUCAUUAAAUAUUCAACUGGAGUUGAGAUCCCGUGACAACCGUGAUCAAAAUUUAAAUAGCGAGCCUCGUUUCAAAUUUUAUACUUUCUUAUUAAAUGCUUCCCUUGCAAAAUUUAAGGUCGGCAAACUUUUCGAUUGACGCUUUGUUUUUUAUUUCACAGAAAUUUAUAUGCAUAGAGUUCGAACUCUCAGACCUACAUUAUUGCAUAAUAUGCAGAUUUCUCAUUUAUCAGCUUGCUUACUAAUCAACAGCUCAAUAUCAUAACAUGCUUAGGCCGAGCAAACUUUGCAAAGCUACGGGCCAACUUUUCCUUUACACAUGUUAGUUCAUCGUGCAAACUCGUGUAGCCACCAAACAUCUUUUGCAAUUUCCGCUAUUCGUCAAAAAAUAUGGGGCUGUUUUUGAGAACCAGUGGAACAUUUCCGCUUUUUUCGGAAAUCUUUGUGUUUUCUUCGACGAAGUCAGACACAGAAGGACAUUGUGUACUAGGGACGGAACUAUAAUGCCUGAACAAUUAUGAAUCUAUAAAUAUCGUAUAUUUGAACCACGAAUUAAUAAAUGAAGAUGAAAGUGAUCAUCGCAUUCGCAAUUGUGAACACUUCUUAAGCAGCUGUGAGAAUAAAGACAAAGAAUCAUUCAAAUCUGUAGGUCAUGGAUUCAACUCCCGCACAGGCUUGAAUUUUUUCAGUCCUUAUUUUCACUGCUGCUUAAGUAGUGUUCAUCACUUCGAAGAUUACUCUUAUCUUCAUUUGGGAUGCUGAGGCAUACCACUUCACUCCUGAACGUAAGGUAUCUCGCCAAUUCAUAUUCUGAUCUCCUCCUCUAUUAGACGCGAAACAUCUAUUUAUUAGCUGCGAUGGUUGUAAAGAAGAUCCUAUCACUGGACUGCGCUGGCACUGUUUAGAUUGUCCCAACUAUGAUCUGUGUAGCAAAUGUUAUAUGAAUGAUGUUCAUGAUGUCAAUCAUCGCUUUGAACGAUUAGUCAAGAGUCGCGCCAAAGGGUAAGUUGUCAAACGAACAGGUCAGCGGCCUGUGCGUCCAUGUAACGCCAAUCGAUGUAAAAAAUGUUCCAUUGUCUUAAAUCAAAUCUAGCUUCAUUGACUUUCAAUGUAAAAGAUCAGCUCUAAGACCUAGAGGUUUCUCUAGCGCUCCAGCCUCUGGGCUCCAAUGGUGAUUGAACUAUGUUUCUUAUAAAGAAAUAUCUUACUUCGAUUUAACAACAUUUUUUGUGAGCAAUUAAAUACUUUUAGUUUAUUUUGUUGUUCAGAGGUAAAUUUAUGUUUUUCACCAGUAGAAAAAAAAACAGAAUAUCAACAGAUAUUCUCUCGAAGAGUAUUAAUGAACUAUAUCUUCAAUUGCGUUAUCUGAUGUAAAUUUACAGUAUCCCUAUUGGCAAAAGGCAAGGCGCCACUAAGCUUGAAGCCCGCGGAAUGUUUAAAGGAGCAAAAGUAACCAGAGGACCAGACUGGGAAUGGAAGGAACAGGAUAACCAAUCUCCUAUGGAAGGCGAGGUUACUGAGGUCACCAGCUGGAGUGACGAGACUAAUAAUGAUGCUGUGCGAGUGAACUGGAACAAAGGACCGAGGGGGAACAUUUAUAGAUUGGGAACAAAUGGAAAGGUGACGUGGGCUGAUGAAUUACUGUUUUAUUAUUAUUGUCAUCAGUAUCAUCAUUACUGCGGGCUCAGGAAGAGCCCGCAACCUAUUUUGCACGCCAUAUCUCGAUUUUGGAGCAAAACUGUUCUGCUAAAAUCGACCAAUAAAUCCUCGUAACAAGAAUAUUUUGAGAGAUGGCCGCCGCAUUGGUCAGUGUACUCGAUUUUGAAAGCCAAAGUUUCGCAUCAUUGGGGUAUUAACGUACAUUUCAAAGACUGAAAUGGAAAGAAACAGUUUUUUAAAGAAUAGUCAAUUCUCAGUCUCGAUUCUUAAUGUCUACGAAGACACGCGCACGAAUGUUUGCUCGCCAAAAUAAAAAUUCAGGGACAAACCUAACUUUCCCUUCAUUAUUGACCCCAAGUAUCUUAACCGAUAUUUUCAUUUCAAGAACUCUACAAUUUGAUUUAACCACAACUUUAUACUGGGUCACUUUGGUAAACUCUUGCAGUCAAAAAAUCCCGCACAAAGGAUACCUAGUCCAUACUAUUAUUUCCUUCCAACUGGUAGGUUGACCUCAAGUGUACUUCGCCAACUGUUGGAGGAUGUUAUUACAGGGAUCACCUACCACCGCUCACGAUGCAGAUAAGAAAAUCCCAAAGUGGGUUUACGACUGGUGACAAAGUCUACCUUCAGAUGCUUGCGGUAGGAAAGCUUCAGGAGUUAUCCGCCGGUCAUGGGGGAUGGAACGCAGACAUGGAAAAGGUUCGUUUGGGACUCGUUUAUAUUUUUGUUUUCAAAAUUCACGGACUCAUAACACUAUCUAAAACAUCUAAAAACAUUUGAAUGUUUGAUCAUUUUGGUCUGGUUUGAGGCUCAAAAAUUCUGAAAGCCCUAGUAUUCAAUUCUUAAUAAGGAGAAAUUGGCCCUUCCCCCUGAGAGAGUACAAUGUCCUUAGUCUCUUGCAUGUCCUCUUACAUUUAAGCCAAUGCAGUGAAAUGUCGUUAACAACAUUUAAGAAACAGUCUACAUGUAUCCACAGUAUAUAGGAAAAAUUGGAGUCGUGCAAGAUUUCACAACCAAUGGUGACGUUGUUGUAGAGUAUCGCGACAUAAGAUGGCGUUACAAUCCAGAAGCUUUAAGAAAGGUAAUGCUAACGCAAUCAUUUGUCUCGCCAAGAAGUUCUUACUUUAAAUUAUUUAACCACAUCUGUGUUAUGAGGGAGCCCUGAUUUUUUUUUUUUUUUUGAUUGUCGCAAACUUUAGCAUCAGGUAUAAUAGAUGAAGUGGCUUAGAUGAUCAAGAAAUUUCCUACAUUAGUUAAUUAUGUCAGUAUGGUUUGUUCAAAGUUAAAACACUCACAAUGUGUUAAUUAAAUUUGUGACUGCACACAAUGGACGCCAUGUGAAUUUAAAGCAUCAUCAUUCGAUUAACUGGCCACCAGGAAUUAGCGAUAUAAAAUCACUCCAAGAAACACUCCACAAUCAAGAAACACUCCAAGAGCUAGCUAAAGGACAUUCCACUGUCAAAUAUAAUUUUUUUUCUUUACCCAGAUACAAAAAUUUAAGGCAGGCGAUGAAGUUGUAGUUAAAAGUGAUGAGAACUUAGUCAAAGAGCUCCAAAAAGAACAUGGAGGAUGGAACGAGUCUAUGAUAUCAGUAAGUUUUAUUUUUUGAAUUUUUUUUUUUUAUUUUCUCGUUUUUGGUUUUGUAUUCAUCGUAAGCUUUCACUUGGACGUAAACGCAAACUCCUUUAGGCGUGUGCGGUAGCUAAAAAUGUAAACUAAAAGAAGCUGAAAGAGUAAACGUCACAACUUUGGAGCUAAUCAUAUGUGUACCUCCAAAAACUAUUUAAGAGAUAAGCAGGUUUAAACUGGAUAAUAUCCUGUUUUAUUCCAUUUGUAGAUCCUUGGUCGUACUGGAAAGGUGUUGGAAGUCGAUAGUGAUGGUGAUGUGUUAGUGUCAGUAGAAGGCACCAGAUGGAUGUUGAGCCCAGCUUCUGUGACGUCUGUCACUGACCCAGACCCCCAGCAGUUAACAGAGGCUGGUGACAUGGGCAGCGAAGAUCCCUCAGGUACAAAAUUAUGGCACACGUGUAUUGAAAGCCUCAGUAAAAAUGGCCAAUCCAGGUCAAAAAGAGUAAAAUCUACGAAGCGCACGAAAACGACAAUGACUAAGUCGCGAUUAGUUUCAGCUUUGCACCUAAUGUACUGAAAGGAUGGCUCGAGUUUUCUUGACCACUCACAAAGCGAGAUAAACAAUUUAACGUCAUCUAUGUCACUAAAUCAAAAACUGCCCUGAGAAAUGAAAAGACAAAUUGCUUGACAGCACAGAUCAUAAGUAUAAUUCCGCAAUUUUGUCUCUCACUAAGGCUGUUUUCUUUUUUCUCCAGGGCUUUUCAGUCUCUUUAGAGACUUCUUACGUCAAGCUCGUGAACGGGAGGAACCCGGCCUUGUGAAUGCUGCAGGAAGUAAUAACCUCUUAAGACUCAAGGAAAUCUUGGAUGCUAACCCAGAACAGGUACCUUUUUUCUUUCAUUCCUUUAGUUUUGCAGAUACUAUUUACAAGUCUGAAAAGUUUUCUUUAAUCAAAGCAAAAUGAAAAAUAUGAGCAUAAGAUGAAAACUGUGUAAUUAAGGAUAUUUUUUAAAACUUCUAAAAUCAAAUUUGAAUUUGGUGGCCUUAAAGAAAAUUUGAAAUGAUAAAGGGUUUGAGUCUUUUCGUUCUGCACAGAUUGAUGAGUUAGCGGGUGGUCACACAGCUCUUCAUGUAGCAUGUCACCAGGGGCAUUGUGACAUCAUUAGAGAAUUGCUUGAGAGAGGAGCUGACAUAGAUAUACUGGUGAGUAAUAUCUAUUUAAAUUUUUUUUUGUAUCAUUUAUGUUAUUUUUUGCCCCGUCAAAAUGCUAGUGCUGCACGAGGAGGGUAACAAAGAGACACGUGGUCGACAGGCUUAGGUUAUUAUUUUGACAUGUUUGUAUUCCAUUUAUCUAAGUGUUUCAGGAGUGGAACUUCCCUAUUCAUACAUUCCUAUUUAUUUAAAAUACAGGAUAAUCAGGGAUACACAGCCAUGCAUCACUCUACUUACCAGUAAGUCGACAUAAAAAAGUUAAUUUUAGGUUAGCUAAUCAAACUUCGAUUCGAUUCAGAGAUUGCUUUAGUAAAAAAGCGAUUGCUUUCGAAUACUUGAGCUAUCUUCUCAACCAAUUGAAUAGAAAAAAAAAACGAAAACCACUGAAAACAAAGUAACUAUUGCUGUGCUUAAACUCGACAGCAUGUGAUUGUUCUCCAAUUUCAUUUAUCCGCCAAGAUAUUAUGGCAUGUUCUGAAUGGCUCUGAUUGCUUAGCUUUUGGUUUUACGACACUUGCAGGAGCCAACGCAAACUAUCUGCAUGUUAUUGCUCUUAAUUUUUUUCCUUUAUGACAGUCACGUGAACAUUCUUAGGAAAGCAGAAUGAGUAAUCUCUUAAGUUAAAGUAAAAUGCCAAAAAUGCCUGAUGUUUGUUGUACUCUUAUCCUUAUGAUCAUUCAGAGACGAAAGCGGUGAAGCACUGAAACUGUUACUGGAGAAAGGCUUUGACCCAAAUAUUCAACACAGAAGUAAUAAGAGCACACCCUUACAUUUGGCUGUGAAAAGGAAAAACGAAACGGCAGUACGGAUCCUGACACAGUGCCCUGAGUGUGACGUCAAUCUACAGGUUCGUUGGGUCCUUUGAAGAUAUCAGUUCUCCUGAGAAUAAAAAUUCCUGAUGCUUUCUCGACUGUCCGACUAACUCAGCAAACAUUGCACAUAUUAUUAAGACGCAUUUCGUUGUAAAAUCUAAAACUACAUUGCCCUUUUUUUAUUUUAAACGUACGUGAACAGUUUAGGACCGGCCGUUGGAAAGUCUUAAUACUCAACUGUUUGGACUGCUGCACUGAACUAUUUGACGUUUGCAUCCAUUCUUGAUGUUUUCAUCCCACCAUUUUCGUGCUCAAAUACACUGCUACCGAAGCUGCCAGUCGAUAUAACAAAGUAGAAAGGCACCAUGUGACUUCUAACAUUACGCUUGACAAUUUUCAGGACGAGGCAGGUGAUACCCCUCUCCAUGAUGCCAUCCAUGCAGAACACCACAACAUGGUGGAUAUGCUGUUAGACUGUCCAAGAAUUUGCUACGCUCUUUGUAAUCGAAAAGGUUUCAAUUAUCUUCAACACGCUGUUUUGAGUGGAAAUAAACGGUAACUGCCAAAAAUAAUUACAUCACAACUAAUGGAUAAGGGUGCAAUAACUUUCUGAUUCAGGUGUUCAGCAUCUGAUGGAUCAGUAGUACCCAGACCCAAGGCAUAGUUUUAAAUUGACUGUCGCCGUUUCUGAGACGACUGGAUCAUACUUUUGAUCAUAGGGAAUGUAAGUUUAUAUGCAAAUUAAAGUCCAAGAUGAAGUUCACGAUCUUCCUGAUCGUUAGGGUCGUUGGUCAUCUCUUGGCCCUCCUUUCCUGAAUAAUUUGGACAAUUGGGGCGAUGAGUGAUCAGGACGAACCCGGACCAAACAUCAGUUACAAAAUUCCUUUUAUACUGUUGCCUAUAUUCGCUUUGACAUUCAGUGCAACGUAAAAUCUAUUGUGUCAUUUAUUCACAGGGCAGUAGAAAGAAUUUUUGCCAAAACCGGGAAUUCCUUGAAUGUCGUUCAAGAUGAUGGGUUUACAACCCUUCAUAUUGCAGCAAUUAAUGAUCAUCGUGAGAUAGCUAAGAUCCUUUUAACGAAGGUAAUUUUAUAAAAAAAAAUUCCAUCGAUUUUUCCCUGUUCUUUGUUAAUUUUAAUUUGUAUUUUUUUCUCGCGUCUAAGACUCCCUGUGUGGUUAAACGGCCUUAACAGAUUUGAACGAUUGUCGACUGUGUUCAAUCUCGGAACGGAAUAUGAUUUUCUGUGUGUGGUUUGUUGGGAUAUUCGACGUUCCUUUUACGUCUGUUCUCCAAUUGUAAAAAUUAGGAAAACAAAAAGCGGUCAUUUAUAUUUGCGGUCAGUUCACUGCAAAAAUUUAUUGCUACGAAGCUUAUGUGUAAAUUUUACACUGGCCAAGUGGCCCAUACCAACAAACUGAUAUCCUUGUUUCCCGCACAUUGUCAAACAAAUCUUUUCUGUUUGAGAUGCUAUUCCAUCAUUGUAUAUCCUAUGAUAUUCCGUCAGGAUGUCCUCUCCUGGUCAGAGGGAGGCGCUAAUGGACGUUUCCUGCCUUAGAACACCACACAGUGACCCAGGCAGAUCUCAAUGGUAAACAACCCGGGUUUAAAGUUCAGACUGCUAACUGUCAGGCUGUUGCGUAUUUUUCUUAUUGAAAAAAGUUUACAAAACCCAUUGAAUACUAAAUCUAAAUUCUUAUUGGUAAACAAUUUUGAUCAUGAGAGAAAAUUGUUUAUCUGACAGCCGGGGUGUGAGGUCGAUGCUCCAACCGCUAAAAAUCAAACAGCACUUUAUUUAGCCGCCAGUAAAGGGCAUUCGGUCAUGGUAGGAGUGUUGUUGGACCAUGGAGCUAAUGCGAAUGCAGUGGAUUAUUACGGAAAUACGGCGCUUCAUAUCACUUUAAUGAAGGAACAUGAACUGCAGAGAAAUCCGGUAGCAAUGAUAAAUAAGUAGUUUCAUAAAAUACCGUUCUCUGAGUCUGUUCAUGGCGUUCAGUCAGCAAAUCAAAGCUCGAUAGUAAACAGCGCUGUAGUCGCGGAGGAGUGAUGAGGUCAGAUCACGUAUGCCUUACGUAUACCUUAGCCUCACGUAUGCCUUAGCUAUUUCACUCCUCCGCCACUAUAACGCCUUUGGCCAUUAUGCUCUGUUUUACCGAAUGAACGCUUGGAACAGGCCAACAAGAUGUCGAAGGAGACAUUGUAUGUUUUAUCUCACUUUUUCAUUCCUUCGGCGUAGAGGAUUAGUAAUGUAAAAUAAUCUUAACAUGGAUGGUUAUGCAUGUGUCACUUUUACCAAGACGUUUAAAGGCAACUCCAAUAUUAGCUUAUGUGUUUUUCACAUCGGUUUAGACAAUAACAUUGUUUUGAAGUAAAGUUACUGUUAUUUUCUUGCUUGAACGUAGAUAGACAAAUAAUUUCUAUCAUCAAACACAUCCUUUGAGAAUAGUCCGCCCGGUCAACUUUGCUAUGACGUCACUGUAAUGCUGAGAUCUCAAAAGGGUUCUCACACUACUUGCAAUAAGUAUAACUGAUAUAAAGAGAAAGGUGAUCAGUUGGUUCUUUCUGUUGUUUUAUUUUUAGCUCGGUCUGGACCUACUACUUGGUGUACGGAAGAACAGUGCGUCCUUUGUUGCUGUCUCACGCAGCUUGUUAAGCUAUGGAGCUGAAGUAUUGAAAGCCAAUGACUCAGGGGAAACGCCACUGGACAAAUGUCGAGGAUCGGAAGUUGAGCAACUCAUUCGGGAGAUUGCUGCCUGUGGAGGGUAUUCAAAUGCUUUUGUGUAUUUUAUGAUAUCUGUACAUCUUUCUAUGUUAUAGUAGAGCGGAUUCUCGCUUUUUAUCUUGGUAAGACGAAAUUUGAUCGCGGCUAAACACGUUCCCCGCGUAGUCUCUGAAUCUCUUGCCUGAAUGGAAGGCACAUUACUAAUGUUUCGGUAUAAUCUAACCGACAGGAAAACAAUGCAAUCCUACAAACUCAACUACUUUAUUAAACAACGAGUAAUAUUCUUAAUAAGGAGCGACUCCUAAAGGCAGUACAGUGCGUAUCAUCGAUAAACUCAGAUAAGCCCACUACAGUCUAUAUCUUAGCUCAUCACUGACCCAAACUCUCAGAUUCCUCCGACUUUUCUCGAAAUUACCAAUCUUCCACUGUUGCUCUCUCUCACGGGAUAGCUUUGUAAACAGUCGGUCAAUCCCAACAACAGCAACUACUACUACUACAUAACUGAGUUCCUAUAUACAUUCACAAAGUGUUCUGGAACAUUCCAGAAGCUUACAAAAGAACUAUUUAGUAGUAUUACGUAAUAACUGAGUGACUUGAUGAAAUGUUCAAGAAAGUUCCAUGGUACACAUGUCAGCAUGACUUAGCAGUCUGGAGAUUUCUAGAAGUUUAUUUUAACAACAACAAUUACACCUAACACUAAUAAGGGGAUUAAUAUUCAGUCCGUGAGAUGCCACCUGAAUUAAGGCCUUUUCAGUGCAUGUGGGAAUUGCUUUUAUAUGAUAUCUAAGUAGAAUGAUACUUUGCUUAUCAACUAUAGGACCACACACAACAAGAAAAUUCCAAGUUUUGAGUCCUUGAGCGGGUCGCAAGAGAUGGAAAGUGAAGACAUUAAGGUAUGCGAAACAGCUGAAGGUGUAUCACAGGAAACAGCCCCGGUGUCCAGAGGAAGACACAUUGUGUCGCGUUAAAAGUUCAAAAGGAGUUCUAAAAGUACUGUAGCGGUAUCAUUUUGUAUCAGUAAGGGAAAAAACUACAACGAGGACGAUCCUAAUACGAUUAGUUGUCUUUCUGUGACAACCACACUAUGAGAGGUCUGACGCGCUCAAUCGUUCUUUAACAGGCGGACAUCGGCCUCGUGAAUGCUGCAAGAAGUAACAACCUCUCAAGACUCAAGGAAAUCUUGGAUGUUAACCCAGAACGGGUACCUUUUUUCUUUCAUUCCUUUUACUUUUACAGAUAACAUUAACAAGUCGGAACAAUUUUCUUAAAUCAAAGCAAUAUUAGAAAUAUGAUAAUAAGAUGAGAACCGUGUAACUUAGGUUUUAGUAAACAGUGAUAACUGGAAGGAUACUUCAAGAAAAAAAAUCAAUGUAAUAUCAAUUCAUGAUUUAGAAUCAAAUUUGAAUUUGGUGGCGUUCAAGAAAAUUUGACACGAUCAAGGGUUUGCGUUUUUUCGUUCUGCACAGAUUGAUGACCUAGUGGGAGGUCACACAGCUCUUCAUGUAGCAUGUCGCCAGGGGCAUUGUGACAUCAUUAGAGAAUUGCUUGAGAGAGGAGCUAACAUGGAUGUACUGGUGGGUAACGAAAUUUUUUAUUCAAUCCAGUACUUUUAACCAUCACUGUUAUUUUUGCCCCGUUCAAAUUACUGUAAUUGUUAGUACUGGUUGAGGAGGAUAACAAAGAGACGCAAGAUUAAGUUAUUAUUUUUUACAUGGUUAUGUUCUACAUAUCUCAGUGUUUCAGGAGAGGAGCCUUCUUAAUCAUAUUCUUUAAUUUUUCUCAAAAUACAGGAUAAUCAGGGAUACACAGUCAUGCAUCUCUCUACUUACCAGUAAGAUGACUGAAAUAUCAUAGUAAUGUUAAGUUAGCCGCAGACUGAGAAAUCUAAGAUUGCUUUAGUUUUCCUUUCCUUCUCAAUGCCAUUGCUUUCGAAAUCUUCAGCCAUCCUGUCAACCAAUCGAUAAAAAAAAACACCCACAACAAAGUAACUUUUACUCGGGCUGCUGUCGAUAGCAUGUGUAUGUUGUUGUUAUUGUUUAUUUAUUCAUCAAGAUAUUCAUCUUUGUUCUGAGUGGCUCUGAUUGCUUUGGCUUUGGUUUGAUGACAACCCAACGCGCACUAUUUGCAUUUUAUGGUUCAUAUCUGUUUUUUGUCGUUGCUGUUGUUGUUGUGUUUUUUGUUUUUUAUUUUAACCACACAGGAAAGUAGAAUUAGAAACUCUUUAAAUUAAUGGAGAAUUUCUAAAAUGCCUGAUAUUCUCAUUGCCCAUAAAUCCUUGUGAUCAUUCAGAGACGAAAGCGGUGAAGCACUGAAACUGUUACUGGAGAAAGGUUUUGACCCAAAUGUUCAACACAGAAGUAAUAAGAGUACACCCUUACAUUUGGCUGUGGAAAGGAAAAACGAAACGGCAGUACGGAUCCUGACACAGUGCCCUGAGUGUGACGUCAAUCUACAGGUUCGUUGGGUCCUUUGAAGAUAUCAGUUCUCUUGGGAAUACAAAUACCCGACGCAUUCUAGACUGUGACACUAAACCCAGCAAACGUUGCAUAUAUCAUUAGACGCAUGUCGUAGUCAAAUUUAAACCUUGUUCGACUGUUCAUAAAAAACAUGAAAAAACUAAAAUCAGCCAAUAGAGAGGCAAAAGACUCGAAUUCAAAUAUAUCUGCACCGGACUGUCAUGACAUUUGCUCCAAUUUUUCAUUUUCAUCCUAUCAUUUUUGUUAUAAAAUAAACUGCUACCUAAGCUGCCAGUCAAAAUAGUGUAUUAAAAAGUCGAAUGGUACCAGGUGAAUCCUAAUAUCACGCUUCGACUCAUUUUCAGGACGAGGCAGGUGAUACCCCUCUCCAUUGUGCCAUCUUUUUGCAACGCCACAGUAUGAUGGAUAUACUGUUAGACUGCUCAAGAAUUUCUGUUACUCUUUGUAACGGAAAAGGUUUCAAUUAUCUUCAACUUGCUGUUUUGAAAGGAAAUAAACGGUAGCUAUGCCAAAUAUAAUCACAUCAUUACUCAGUUAGACAGAUUAGUCAGAGUAAGAGUACGAUAUAUAGCCAACUGAUUCAGUUGUUAAGCAUCUGAACGCUGAAUGAUAUACCCACAUGAACAGCCUAGUCUUCAUCUGAUCGUCGCAAUUUUCGAGACGACUGCAGCUGGGACAAACUUGUAAUCAUAAGAAAGCUAAGCUUAUGAGACUCAGGCUCAACUGAAAGUUCAUGGUGUUCCAGAUCGUUAGGGCCGUUGGUUGUUGGCAAUUGGGGCGAUCUGAAGGAUCAGGAGGAAACCAGACCAAAUCUCAAUUACAAAUUAUUUGUAUGUUGUUAACUUUUUUCGCUCUGACAUUCAGUGUAAUUGUCGUGUAAAACACUUCACUAAAAUGAGAUGACUGUAUUUCAAAAUUCAACCAUUUUAUUUUCCACGAGGUCGCGUAAAAAAAUCACAUGUUCAUAACGUCACUUUUAAUGGCAUGCAAUACGUGCAAACAAGAUAAAAUAUGAAAAAAAAUAAAAAUGACCAAAAUAUCGAUGUUCGGUCGGGACAGUAACAUAACUUUAUUUUGUCAUUCAUUUGCAGCGCCGUGGAAAGAAUUUUUGCCACGACCGGAAAUUCCUUGAAUGUUAUUAACAAUGAUGGGUUUACGACCCUUCAUAUUGCAGCAAUUAAUAAUCACCUUGAGAUAGCUAAGAUCCUUUUACGAAAGGUAAUAUCAUCUAAAUUUGUUACCUUUUUUUUCGAAACACACUCGUUGUGUUGUUUCAACUGUCUUUAUGAGAUUUCAAAGACGUUCGCUUUUGUUCAAUCCAAUACGGAGUAUGACUUUUUGCGUUAGUUGGGAUGAUAACCACAAAUCGUUACUAUUACAUCUAUUCUCCCCCUGUAAAAACUAGGAACAAAAGUUGACAUUUAAGGCCAGCGGUUCACUACAAAUAAUUGAUUGCUAUAAGGCUUACGCGUACGUUUUGCACUAGCCAAGUGGCCCAUACCAACAAACUGUUAUCUUUGUUUCGCGCACAUUGUUCAACAACGCCUCUUUGGUUGAGAUGCUACUCCAUCAUAUAUCCCAUGAAACUUCGCCAGAAUGUCCUCUCCUGGCCAGAGGGAGGCACUAACGAACGUUUCCUGCUUUAGAACACGACACAGUGACCCAGGCAGAUCUCAAUGGUAAACAACUCGGGUCUGGAGUCCAGACUGCUAACUAUCUGGCCACUGCGUAUUCUUGUUAUCGACAACUUUAACAAAGUUGACAAAACAUUUGAAACACUGAGUCUGAAUUCUUACUGAUAAAGAUAUCUUGAUAAUGAAAGAAUAUUUUUAUCUAACAGCCGGGGUGUGAGGUCGAUUCUCCAACUGCUGAAAAUGAAUCGGCACUUCAUUUAGCUGCCGAGAAAGGAUACUCAGUCAUGGUUGGGAUGUUGUUGGACCAUGGAGCCGAUGUUAAUGCAGUGGAUAAUGACGGAGAUACAGCGCUUCACAUCACUUUAAUGAAGGAACGCGUGCCACAAGGAAUUAUGGGAUUAAUGGUAAAUAAGUUCACAAAGUUUAACCUACCGAUCUUUUUCUGCCUUUCAGCGUGGGAAAAUGAGUAAUGUAAAAUGAUCAUGAAAUGAUUUGGAUGGUUAUGCAUGCGUCAUCACUCUGAUGUUUCUAGGCAUCUCCAAAAUUGGCUUUUGAUUUGUUCGAAUUGGUUUGGAUAAUGACACUAUUGUGAAGUAAAAAUUACUCCAAUAUAUCAUCUACCACACCUUUUGAGAAUCGUCUUCCUACUUCAUAAUUUCGCCGUAAUACAAUGAUCUCAAAUAGGUUCUCAUGCAGAUUGUAAUAAGUACAACUGAUAUAAAGGGAAAGGUGAUCAGUUUGUUCUAUGUUAAUGUCUUCGGCCUUCUUGAAACGGAUUAGUGUUGUUUUAUUUAAGCCUGGUCUGGAGUUACUAUUUGGUGCACGAAAGAGCAAUGCGUCCUUUGUCGCUGUCUCACGCUGCUUGUUAAGCUAUGGAGCUGACGUGUUGAAAGCCAAUGAUUCAGGGGAAACACCACUGGACAAAUGUCGAGGAUCGGAAGUUGAGCAACUCAUUCGGGAGAUUGCUGCCUGUGGAGGGUAUUCAAAUGUUUUGUGUAUUUUUUUUAAAUGUCUAUAUACUUCGCUUCUUAAACACCUAUUUCCGAUGACAUUUUUAUCCUGAUCACGAUUUAGAACAUUCCCCGCGUAGUCUCCGUUUCUCUUGCCUGAAUUUAGUCCGAAGGAUUUUAACUGAAUGAGAGCUGUUUCAGUGUGGAAAUUCUUUUCACAUAUAUGAUAUUUAACCAAAAAUUAUACUUUGUUUAACAACUGUAGGACUACACACAACAAGAAAGUUCCAAGUUUUGGGUCCUCGAGCGGGUUGCAAACCGAACCUGAAUUAGGCGAGGCGUCAUCUUCAGCGAGUGCGAUAUUGACAGACGAAACUGAAAAAGAUGAUGAAAAUCAAACAGACAGUUCGAGUAGCACAGAUGAGGCAGAAGAUACGUUUUUACGUGACGUAAUAAAUGACUUGUGCAGUGGAGAUCAACAAGAAUCAGUAUCAGAGGAGAUGUCAGACGAGACAGAGAGUGAAGACGUUCAAGAAGGCGAAACAGCUGAAAGUGUAUUACAGGAAACAGCCCUGGUGAGAAAUAUGAUGGUGGAAGACACGUUGUGUCAGCUGAAAAAGUUCAUACGAAGGUUUAUAAAAAAGCACUUUUGUAGUAUCAUUUUAUAUCAGUGAAGAAAAAUUACAACGAGGACAAUCCUUAGAUGUGUAUUCUGGAAGCACUAUAAGAAGUCUGACGCCCUUGAUCAUUUAUUGCUUUUCAACCUUCUUUUUUAUCUGUAUUCAUUAUGAGGAUGGUUUUCUUGGAUACUGUGCAUAAUAGUGUUAAAAUAUUUAGUCUUCUAUCUUAAGCGGUACGGUUGAUGGGAGUUUUCCGAUCAUCUUUCUUACACUCAUUUUGAUUCGAUAACCGGUUAAGAGGCGUUACUCAUUGAAAAUAAGAAAAAAGUUGCUCGUUACCAGACUAAAAUACUCCAUUAGGACUCCCUUUUGGUAUAAACUCUCCUAAUUCUAUACUUUAUCAAAGGAGUUGAGUUUAUUUGAUUUUUUUGUUUACAAGGAGAAUGUGGUGUUGGAAGUGACUAAUAAAGUUGAAGUAGAAACCUGGGCCUCAGACAUCUCAAACAACAGCGCCGUUCAACCUGCUGAAAUGGCAGAGAAUAACACAGACAUAGAUAUGGACGACAGCAAGGGCCUAAUAUCACAACCAGUAGACGACGACGUAAAUAUGGAUCAGGAGACAGAAAAUGGCGAAAAAAAUCCAUCGACAUCUGAUGAUCAAAAAGUGCUGUGUUACAUAUGUGAGGAGACUGAGGCUGUUGUUGCAUUCAAACCCUGUGGCCACACUGUUGUGUGCAUAGGUAGCUCUACUUUUUGUUUUAGUUGUUGUUCUUUGUUCUGUGUCAAUCACUCAAAUUUUAAAUGGGCCUUGUCUCUUAGUUUGAAGUGAUUCAAGCGUCCUUUAUAGAGAAUUGCCUUGAAAAAGAAAGCGACUUUGAAAUACCUGUUUCCUUGAGAAGACAAUCGCGAAAAGGUAAAAAGGAUUCAAGGAGGAACGACCACGAUUAAGUGUGGAGAAGAUUAACACAGUUUGAAAAAGGCAUCUUGAUCUUAGUAUUUAUUAACGUAAUAAUCGGUUUGCAGAAUGUGCAGCCCGAUUAAAGAGAUGUUUGGAAUGUAAAACGCCUAUCACUGGUAAAGGAACGAGAGGUAACUUGCAAAAAUUUUAAUUUUUUUAUUAGUCUUUGGAUGUUGUCCUUCACUGGCGAGGUGAGGCCGAUGUAGCUAAAACUAAAAUUUCAAUCUUUCGACGAUCCACGGCAUAUCAUCUUGAUGAUGAAGUGGAUCGGCGAAAGCUAGAAAUUUUUAUAUCUGCUCCUGACAGAGAAGAGACAGGGUAAUUUAGCAUUAUCAACUGAGUUGAUAACGUUAGUUAGCCACUGUAAAGAGUUUCAAAGCUGACGUUUCGAGCUUUGGCCCUUCGCUCUGAAGAGGGACUGACGACCAACACAGCACCAUAGUUUCUUUAGAAACUUUCCCCCUUUAGAAAAGAGAGUGAUCUUACUUAAAUUUUAUUUUUUAAACUUUCAUAUUCAUAUUCAAGCUUUCUAUUCCUUUCACUUUUCCCCUGAAUUUUCCGAAAGAAGCAAGUUAUUAUAAUUACUAAAAAAGAUACUGUUGAUGAUGAUGAUGAUGACAAAAACGAUAAUAAUAAUAAUAAUGAUAAUAGUUAUAAUAAUGAGGGAACCAAACUCGCUAAGGUGGUUUUUAGCUGGGCCCUCAAAUUAUAUGUUGGGUAAUCGUGGGUGUUCGAUUCUUAACCAGUUUUUAUGUUUUGUUGAAUUUCAUUUUUAUUUUAUUUUGAUUAUUCUGAGCUUUCGCAAAUAUCCAGAUUUUGAGAGCAAGGAAAAAGGUUCUUUGUCAGCUUCGUAAUAAUAUUACCUCGUAAUAAUAUUACUUCGUAAUAAUAUUAUUGUUUGCUUUGUCUUGGGAGAAAUUGGCUGAAAUAUUAUCGAAUUCCAUUCGCUCUAACUCUCUUCGCAGAUGGUAACCCAAUCAUUGGAAUUAACAACAAGUCCUUGGUUUCGCGAUAUCAGCAACUUGAAGCAAAAUUUCGGAAAUUGGAGGAAUCCGUUGUGUGUUGUAUUUGCGUGGAAAGGAAGAAGGACGUCAUUUUCCGUUGUGGUCACGGCACAUGUCAGUUUUGUGCAAAGCAGCUUAGUGUUUGCCAUAUUUGCCAGAAGCCCAUUGAGAUUAAAAUACAAUUAUUUUAAUUGCGUGUGUUUCCACGGCGGCUUUUUUUUUUUAACACUAUCUAUCCAUACGCCACGAAAGCUCGUUCGGUGAACAACCACUGCUGAGUGAAAUCAGUCUUUUUCCAUGUUCUGCAAUGUUUAAGAUUUACAUCAAGAGUCAACGAAGUAAGAAUAAAAGCGAUUCAUAUUGUGAGCGUCUCCAAAAGAAAUCGAGUCAAAUCAAGCCAUAUAUUAAUAUUCCACAAUAUUUAAAGUUUUUCAGGGCAAGAAGAAAUAUGUAAGAAUCAAACGAGUUCAAAUUUAGGUUUUCUGCAAGUAGUCGAGUUAAAAAAAAAAAACAAAAAAAAACAGUCUUAGCAGGAAAAAAAUCUAAUGCAACGUUUACUCAGACCUUUUUGCUUCUCAAAUCUUCUUGGGAAGCUUUUGACCUAAACAGCCGCUUCAGACCUUCAUCAACUCUUUUUUUUUUAUAGUACUAGGGUUUCUUUAUAUCAAAAAAUUUUUUUUUUCAUUUCAAGUAACGAGAAUUUCAGUUUUAGUGAAAGAGUUAGAGAAACUCUAAUAUUGUAAGGAACGUGAACAGCUAAUAACUCAACUUAUGAAGCCAAGCUUCUCUGAAUAAAGUUGCACUUCGAGUGAAAUCUUGUUUUGUUUUCAUUCAACAAAUGCUGAGUUUGUUCAGAGCCGAGCUUUAGUUUGAAAAGCUUCUAAAGGCGCU